AUGAAUCAUCUUUUCAUUCAAUGCCCUUCCUCUAAACUCUUGUGGGAUCUCCAAUUAACUAAACACUGGCUGGAUUAUUUUAUCACCUCCCACGACCUUCUUGAAAAUCUAACCCUUCUCAGGAAGUACCCCUCUGAUUUAUGUAAGUUCACCUUCCUAAUUUGGUCCCUUUGGAAGGAAAGAAACGAUUGUACCUUCAACAAUGCGUCCUUCAACCCAUUCCGGGUUUUCUACAAGGCAAACUCUGCUUACCAUGAAUGGCAAUCUCGUCUCCAACUUGACUAUCACCAGCUUACGGGCACCCCUAUCACUACCCUCAAUUCCACCCCUCCACCUCUCCCUUCCCCUCCAAUCAUGGUUCGCUGGUACCCCCCUCCACUCGGCACCUUCAAACUCAACUUCGACGGCUCCAGUAAAUCUUCUUCAGCAGCAGCAGGAAUCAUCAUCCGUAAUAAUGAAGGAAUUUCAAUUUCAGCAUGUACUUUUAAUCUUGGUCAAACUCAAGCCUUCAUGGCUGAAGCCAUCGCUCUCCACAAAGGUCUACAAGAAGCUAGGCGUCUUCAGAUCGAUAAUCUCCUUAUCGAAGGUGAUAAUCUUCUUAUCAUUAAUGCAGUUAAAGGGGUGUGGUCUACUCCUUGGAAGAUCAGUAACAUUAUUUCUGAUAUCAAACAUCUCCUCACCCUCUUUACCACGUGGGAUAUCAAGCACAUUUUCAGAGAAGCAAAUUCGGCUGCAGAUUGGAUAGCGAAUGUCGGUCACCUAAUUGUUGGAAAUAUAUAUAUAGAUCCUACUAAUAGCCAGAGAUAG